AUGACAGAGGAUUUGACGCAACUCGGUAUAACUUCCACUGGCCUGGAACGAGCCACGGCUGUCCAGGAGAAACCUAUUUCGAGUGAAAGAAUUGCCCGCGGUUGCCAGGUUCUCUCCCUCUUGCAGAACAGGGCAAUGAUAGAUCGCGGCAUCGACUUGUUUUUCCAAUCUAUUGAAUGUAUCCAUAUUCACUGUGGCGAGUUCAUCGUGAGACAAUGGCUAUCACAAUUGUGGUUCGCUCAUGGCGAGAUAUUGUCAACUCAACACCCUGAGCAGAUACGGCAGCUAUGUCAUUUGCUCUGUGAGAACACAGCGACACCACAGGUGUUUGAUGGCACCACCACAGCAAGGCAGUGGAUUUACUCUGCCACAGGUGAACAUAUUCGCUGGGGAGUAAUCGCCAUGAUCGCCAACUACGUGGGGACAUAUGCAAUGGUAUCAAAUUCAUCGGAUCCGUUUUUCCAGGAGUUCAACAUGGAUCGCAAAUCAUUGUUGAACCAUAUGACCGAAGCUGCAGAAGUAUGUAUCGGAUUUUGCCGAGAAUACGGUGCUUUGGAUGAUGCGUUCAUCUGGGCCCUUUUGGAGCACUACGACAUCACCAAAUAUACCAAGGGAGAAGCUUGUUAUACAACGUACUGUAUUGGUGCCGAAGUGAAUAGCGCCCUCGUUGCAAUGGGCCUUCACCAGGAGAUCAAAGCCGAUAGUCAAGUUCCUUAUUUCCUCGCUGAACUGCGUAAACGACUUCGAGCGGUGGUCUACGCAACAGAGAUUAGCAUAUCCACAUUUCUGGGCCGUCCACCACGGCUCUCGCAUCGUUAUAUGAACUUGGAUCCGCCGCUAGACCUGACAGACUCGCAGUUGUUUUCGGAAGAUCCGCAGGAGCUAGCGGUCACCAUUGCUAGUCUGGAUGAACAGGGUUACAAUCGAGAUGGAGAGAUACGCCAUCUCUCUUGGAUAAGGUCUUCUAUCAGCUUUAUGACAAGAAGAGAGAACAUUCUCGAGCUUUCAUUAGGGAACUUCACACCAGAAGAGGUGCGGCAAAAUGCGGACGUUAUUCAACGCAAAACGGAGGAACAUUGGGCAACUCUUCCGCAAGUUAUGUUGAAUUUAAGAGAUGGGACUUUCGGGCUCGAGACACAGAAGGUCAUCCAGCUACACUUUCAAAACAUCAUUCGUCAAGGUCCUCAGGCGAAUUCACUUCUGCUUCACCGCGUACUCAUGCGCAAAGCGGGUGCAGGCCCCGCAGGAUUAAUGAACACGGCACAGACAAUCCUGAGUGACGUGCUGCGACUGUAUAAACGUGUCGAAAUGUCGGCAGCAACAUCUUCCAUCUACUUCCUAGCGGUACAUGGACUACGCAGUGCGGUUAUAUUGGCGAUAGAACUCCUAAAGCAGGAACAGCUCCCAGUGUAUCCUAACGAGCCGCUUCUACCUCGAAGCAGGACAAUCCAAGAUCUGUGUGUCUUCACAAAUAAGCUGAGCGACUUGGACCCAGUGUUUGGAGAUAGAGAACUUUGCGAAAAGGGCCGAAAACUGAUUUCUCGAGUCCUUGAUAAGAUCCUGAGCCCUCCGAAUACCGCGGAUCCACAUUGCCAUGUUGCUUCUAUGUCAACACAGCAGCUCGGUACAAACGCUUUCACUAACGGUAUGAUUCACAACACACAUGUGCCAGAUGGUUAUUUGAUGACGGAUGAUUUCAACUAUGAGAUGAGUGCUCCUGUUUCAGGUCCAGAUCAUGCAUUCAGGCUGUGGCUGGAGAACAUCGAUGGCCAGGAUUGGAUACUGUAG